UUGGGAUCUCCACCAGAGUGUGUUCUUCCCUGUACCAAUAACGAUAAAAAAAAAAAAAAGGUUUCCAGAAGAAUCAGUCACGGACUCACGGACUUUACUUUCAUCUUUCUCUCUCUCUCUUCUGAAACAACAAUGGUGAGAAAGAAGAGGCCAUCAAUGGCUACCACUAGACUAUGUUUUCUCUUUCUUCUUCUUUGCAAUUGGGAUUCAGCAACAGCAGGUCCAAUCAAAACACUGGUGAUCUUAGUAAUGGAGAACCGAUCCUUCGAUCACAUGCUCGGGUGGAUGAAACGAAUCAACCCACGAAUCAAUGGCGUCGACGGCACCGAGUCCAACCCACUCUCCACAACCGACCCAUCCUCUCCUCGCAUAUUCUUCAAAGAUCAAUCGCAUUACGUCGACCCAGAUCCCGGCCACUCCUUCCAAGCCAUCCGCGAACAGAUCUUCGGCUCCAGCGACACCUCCGCGUUUCCUCCCCCCAUGAAUGGCUUCGCCCAGCAAGCCUUCUCCAUGAUCAACUCCACCAACAUGUCCGAAAGCGUCAUGAACGGCUUCAACCCAGAUAUGGUUGCUGUCUACAAGUCUCUCGUCACUGAGUUUGCCGUCUUCGAUCGAUGGUUCGCCUCCGUCCCGUCUUCGACACAGCCCAACAGACUUUUCGUGCACUCGGCAACCUCCGGUGGCGCCACCAGCAACAUCCCAAGCCUCCUCGCUAAGGGGUACCCACAGAGAACAAUAUUCGAAAACAUCGAUGACGCCGGGCUAUCGUUCGGAAUUUACUACCAGAACAUACCGGCGACGCUGUUCUACAGAAAUCUAAGGAAGCUCAAGUACUUAACCAAGUUCCAUUCAUAUGGGUUAUCGUUCAAGAGCCAUGCCAAGGCCGGGAAGCUGCCGAACUAUGUAGUCUUUGAGCAGCAGUACAUGGACACCAAGCUGUCGCCGGCGAACGACGAUCAUCCGUCGCACGAUGUUUAUCAGGGGCAGAUGUUCGUGAAGGAGGUUUACGAGACGUUGAGGGCGAGCCCCCAGUGGAAUGAGACGUUGCUUGUGAUUACCUACGACGAGCAUGGUGGGUUCUACGAUCAUGUGCCGACGCCGGUGAGAGGUGUGCCGAGUCCGGAUGGGAUAAUUGGGCCUGCGCCGUUCUUGUUUCGGUUCGACCGCUUGGGUGUUCGGGUCCCUACCAUCAUGGUGUCGCCAUGGAUAGAGAAGGGUACUGUUGUUCAUGGGCCCAAUGGGUCUCCAUUCUCCAAGUCAGAGUUCGAGCAUUCAUCCAUCCCUGCAACAGUGAAGAAGCUAUUCAACCUCCCCUCUCCAUUUCUGACAAGGAGGGACGAAUGGGCCGGUACCUUUGAAGGCGUAGUCCAAACUAGAACCCAACCAAGAACUGAUUGUCCAGAGAAACUGCCAACUCCGGUCAAGAUCCGGCAGGGUGGGCCUAAUGAAAACGCGAAGCUAAGUGAGUUCCAACAGGAGCUGCUGCAGCUUGCAGCAGUGCUGAAAGGCGAUGAUAUCUUGACAAGCUAUCCUGAAAAGAUUGGGAAGCAAAUGACAGUCAAAGAGGGGAAGAAAUACAUGGAGGAUGCACUCAAGAGAUUCUUGGAGGCAGGAUUGUUGGCUAAGAGAAUGGGUGUGGAUGAAGAGCAAAUUGUAAAGAUGAGACCCUCCCUCACCACAAGACCCUCUCCAUCUUUAACCACACACCCUUGACAAGAAACAGAAUUACAUGUGAAGUAGGAGAUGUGAUCCAUAUCCAUCCAUGAAGUGUUCAUAUACACAGCUUGCAUCAGUUGUCUAUCAAAAUCUUAUGCAAUUCUGCAGAAAGAAAUAAUAGAGAAACACAAGAAAAGAAAUAUAAAUAAAAAUGGUAAUGGAAUCCAUGGUAAUUAUAUGUGCCUCUAUGCAUGUUCUGACCCACUAGAAACCAAAGCUCUUUGGUAACAUCUUAAUUACAAUUUAGGGUGGAGCCUAAGUUGGGUUUGGCUCCAAGUCUUUCAUAUAUACCAAGUAAAUGUCUAAGCCAGAUUUUGUAUAAGUUCAUUGCAUGUGUAUUUCAUAGAAUAAAUGCUAUAAGCUUAAUGCAUA